AUGGAAUUAGGUUUAGCAGACAAGCCUAAUGCAAUCUGGAACUUAGACGAUACCAGUUUUUCAAAGGACCCUUCGAAAACCAAAAUUGUAGGUCUCAAAAGCCGUGCAGUAACGAGAGUUAUAGCAACACCUGGGAGAGAUAAUACGACGGUGUUACUAGGUGCAAGUGCAAUUGGAGAAAAAACACCUCCCCUAAUUGUCUUAAAAGGAAAAUAUGUUUGGGACGAGUGGACUUCGCCUGAUGCAUUUCCAGAUACGACAUAUGCCGCCACAAAAAAUGGCUGGAUGCAGAAUACGUAUUUGAAGCCUUCUUCAAAAAAUCUUUUUUGCCGACGGUUGGCGAUCAAAGUCCAGUCUUACUUAUUUAUAACGGCCACUCAACCCAUGUGGGUUUGA